AUGGUACUCUCUAAAUUCGACCAGCAGAGUGUGCCGGAUUUGCCAUUAAAGGUCACGCUGAACACGAUGCUCUCCUUUUUAGUCACACUGGCGAAGGCGGCCUUUAUGUUUCCCGUCUCAAUAGCCAUCAGCCGGGCGCAAUGGAGCUGGCUUCUCCAGGAGAGGCCUCUCUACGACUUCCACGUCUUCGACCAGGCCAGUAGGGGAACCUGGGGCUCCCUGGUCCUGUUAUGGCGAAUCCGCUGCCGCCACUUUAUCGCACUUGGGGCGAUUCUCAUGGUCGUGAGCACCCUGACGUCUCCAGUUACGCAGCUGGCUAUCAAUUACGCCGUGCGAGACGUGGUGGCUUCAGGGGAGGCUAAUACCUUCGCUGUCCGCACCAUCAUGUCGCCACAAGACCUCGUUGGCUUGGCGACGCAAGGGUCUGUGUCAAUAACUACCUUAGGGGGCAGUGAGGGCAUGAAGGGAUAUGCAGGCCCAGGUCCUACGCUUGGAGCGUUUUGCUCGACUGGAAAUUGCACCUUCGAUAGGUACCAGUCAUUGGGCAUCUGCAUGGAGAUGGUAAACAUAUCGUCGCAACUUCACAUCCAAGAGUUCCAGGAUCCAGAGCCAUCGCAGAGGGCCUUGUUUGGUAUUCCCAACGACUUUGACAUAUUCCCGGGGGAGAAGAUAUGGAAGGCAUCCCUGCCUGGCGAUUACGACUUGAUUCACCAAGUGAUUCACAACAUGCCGUCGGACGUCGAUGACGCCGCUUACUUGGACUUGGAGUGGUCGGCAAAGUACAUGGCUGGUAUUCCCGAGAUACAGCAUCAGGCUUUGGAGGUUCUAUUCUACCUCUGUGUUCAGUCCUAUGAGACAAGUUUCCGCAAGGGCGCGGAGACGACUAGCAUGGUCGGCUCGCUAGUCAAGCCGCUUGAGCAAGAAACCCAUUUCUUCCUGGAUAUGAAUUGCACAUCUCAGUUGCAUAACAAAACACAGAGUUGCGAGAGUACCAAGUCUCGAUGGAACGACACGAUUCGACUUGAGAGUCCAGUCAAGGCCCUCAGAGGGCUUAAUUCAUCAGAAGGAGGUUUCAGCGCUAAUUAUCGCUCUAUGGAAGACAUGGCGCAGGAGAUGAAACGGGGCCUUACAGGCGCCGCCGAGCUCCUGUACCAUCCUCGCUACUUUCCAGACCCAGGUAUAGGGGGCAGGGGAGGUGAUUUCGUAGAAAACAACCUCGCAAGUGUCCUCUUUGACCCCAUCACCAUGAUGAACCAAACCCGCCGCAAUACUUUCCUGCAAAAUCUUUAUAUGAACUUUGCUACCACUUUGUCGUCGACACUGCGAGCUGCUACGCCUAGAAGGUUCACGAAAAACGCCUACAAUGUUACUGGUGAAGCCUGGAAGGAAGAAUCCUACGUUUACAUUACUUGGGGAUGGAUCUCGUUCCUCGCCAUUGAGCUUAUAACUGCGGCUGGCUUCCUAACUCUUUUAAUUGUUACCGAAGGCCGCCUUACUAGUAGCCAGGUAUCAAGUCCAGAGGACCGUCUUGUAUUCCAGGAUAUCAAAGACUCAUCCUUGGCAAUGCUUGUUGCUCUUAACAAGGAGUGUCAUGCUGCAGCGGGCGGUGGGCUUCAACCUAUGGAUGAGCUGAAAAAGACCGCAAGAAGUCUGCGGGUGAAGCUCAAGGGAAAUCAAGUUGUACCCCAAGAUGGUACCGCUGAAACGCAAUCUAGGGGUGAUGAGCAGUCAGAGCCGAGUCUAAAAGGAUGA